AUGUCCUCGUACUCUUUAUACGACAUCCGACAGAAGACAAGAAAGCUCCAGAAUGCUUUUUCCGGCUACUCCAACCUGGAAAUACUGAUCCGGGAGGCCACCAACACGGAUCCUUGGGGCCCCACAUCCAAGCAGAAAAAACAGCUUUGCUCGUGGAUCCUCAACUACGCCAAUCCCGAGUAUGUUUCCGACCACAUUGCGGGCUCCCAGACGGCCGAGUCUGGCCAGAGCAUCUCCAAAAAAGCCAUUGAUUUUAUAGUCCACCGGAUCCAGGAGUACUCCGGACUGAGCCGGGGGGCGCAGGGCAUCUUCAACUCGCUCAAGAAGACGCUUGUAACGCGCGGGUACGAGUUUGUCAUUAUUUCCAAGUGCCUGCAGCUGCUAGAGCAUCUUUUGCUGUACUGCUACCAGGAGGAUGACGGUGUCAAACUUUUCGACAUUGUUGACGAUAUUCGCAUAGAUCUCGAUCCUGUGGUGCAAUUGGAGCACUAUCAGGUGACGCUCAGCUACGACGGGCUGGACUUGAAUCACGAGAAGCAGAUCAAGGAGAUGGCACGGCACGUGGUGGAGCUGGCCACGGACGAGGCGAAAUUGGCUGCUGAGCGCGAGAAGUUCCAGCCCAGUAAGAAGACGCGGCAUAACUCGGGCACUCUGUUCUACGAUGAGGACCAGUUCGACGUGGGUCGCUCGGACGCGCUGCGGCUCGAGGAGGACCAGGACCCGUUUGCCAGAUCGCGGAUUUCGACGCUGUCCAGCAACGUAGCACGGUAUCUGCCGGGGUCGCCGGGCCACCGCAAGUCGCGGUCGUCGGGGGGAAUCAGUCUAGCGUCGCAAAAUUACACGCAUUCGAGCUACCAUGACGAUUUUAACGAAACUCACGAGCAUAACGAGAAUGACGAGAAUGAUGAUGUUCCGCGCGAAAUGAGGCAGGAGCAGACCCAGAACGAGCACCCGGAUCCAAGCCAGAACCUCCUGAUCGAUUUAAAUAGUUGA